CAGGGCUUUGCAGAUGCAUCCCCCGGGGCGGGGGGGCGGGGACGGGAGGACGCCAGAGCAUCAUCCCCGGGCGCAUCGCUGGCACCCGGAGGGGACCGGUGUGGGUGGUACCCCACCACCCCCAACCCCCGCGGCGGGGGUGGCCACCGGCGACACUUUCACUUUCGAAAGGGUCACGUGUUUUCCAGGAAGCCGGGCGCGGGUGGAAGGGGCGGAUAAAAGCGCCGGGCGGGAGGUGGCCGCGUAGUCACCCACCGGCCCCGCAGGACCGGGGACCCCGCGGCACCAUGGCAGCGCUGCAGAGCGAGGGGGAGGCCCAAAAGCUGCGGUUCGGGCCCUGGCUGCUGAGCGCCAUCAGCAGCGGGAACUACCCCGGACUCUGCUGGAUCGACCAGGACCACAGCGUCUUCCGCGUCCCCUGGAAGCACAAUGCCAGGAAGGAUGUCACUAGCAGCGACGUGGAGAUCUUCAAGGCCUGGGCAAAGGCGAGUGGGCGAUAUGAAGGGUAUCCCGAGGACCCAGCCAAGUGGAAGACCAACUUCCGCUGUGCCCUGAGGAGCACCCGCAUGUUCACAAUGCGGGAGGACCACUCCAAAUGUGGUGACGACCCACACAAGGUCUUUGCCAUCAACCCAGCCCUUGGGCAUGGCGAGGAGGGAGAUUUUGGCAGCCCUGACCCUGCAGUGGACCAGCAGCCACAGCACCAGCAGCCGCAGCUGGAACCUGCUCUGCAAGAGAUGGCCCCAGAAAUCACCCUCCCAGGCAGCACCAACCCCGCACAGCCCUCAGUGCUGGAGGACGUGGAUGAGCUGCAGUGGGUGCUGCAGCUUUGCAACAUCUCCCGUGACCCUGGCCCCCUGGCCCCAUCCUGGCCAUCUGCAGUAGAUGCCCCCCACCAGGACAUCCUGCUCCAGCAUCACCCAGACCCCAGCCAAAACAACUGCCUCCCGCCGCCGGCGUGUCAGCAGUGGGUGCCUGCAACGCAGCAGCCCGCCUUGGGCGCCUACAGCCCCCUGGACCCCAUGCUGCUGGAGCACCAAGGUGGGUGCUGUGGGGCAGGAGCAAGUCCCAGGCGUGGAGAUGCCAUACAGGGGUGGGAAGAGACUGGGGUGCUGGCACGUGCCCUCCAUGCCAAAGCAACCCCUGCCCUGCUGCACCCCGAAUCGCGACGCCAAUGCUGCCUGUCUCCCGCCGCAGCACCCAUGCCACUGCCAUGCCACCCGCCGGAGGGCACGGUCCCAGUGCUGUCCCCAGGGGAGGCGAUGCUCUUCACCCCCACCCACCCUGUGCCACCACCACCGCCGCCGCCAGAGGAUAACACAGAUGUCAGCAUCCUGGACGUCAGCAUCUACUACCGGGGGAAGCUCUUCCACCAGGAGGAGGUGGGGGGCAGGCAGUGCCUGCUGGUGUACCAGCCCUGCGACCCGGCGGUGGCCCAGCGCCCUGGGCACCUGGUCCGCUUCCCCAGCCCCACCGAGCUGGCCGACAGCAAGCAGCGGGAGUUGACUGAGCAGCUGCUGGGCGUUGCGGGGCUGCAGCUGGAGCAACGCGCCAGCAAGCUCUUUGCCACCCGCCUGAAGAAGUGCAAGGUCUUCUGGGCCCUGUCCCACCAGCUUGAGGGCGUCAAGGAUCCCCCGCCCAACAUGCUCUGCCGGGACCAGGCAACCCCCAUCUUUGACUUCAAUGAGUUUUGCACAGAGCUGAGGGACUUCCGCAAUGGCCAAAGGCAGCGGUCCCCUGACUUCACCAUCUACCUCUGCUUCGGGCAAUUCUUCUCCAAGGACAAGCCCAAGGAGUCCAGACUCAUCCUGGUCAAGCUGGUGCCCAAGUUCUGCGAGUAUUGGUAUGAGCAGGUGCAGCGGGAAGGAGCCUCCUCCCUCGACAGCGGCACCGUCAGCCUGCAGCUCUCCGACUCCUUCAGCCUCUUUGAGCUCAUCGAGCAGUACACCAUGCAGAUGGACUGACCUUCACCCACCACGCUCCCCACGGCCCUCCCCGGGACAGGCAUCAGCCGGCGGGGGACUACCGGGCAUCGGGGGCCGUUCGAACCGGCAUUCCCCCAGGAACGCCACGGUGGGAUGCCUGUGGUGGCGACCUUUCCUCUUCCGCUCCCCCCACCCCAAGGACAGCAUCACUGGCCGGUCCUGGAGCUGAAACGUUGCUUUUCCCGCUCUGUCAGCUGCUACUGUGUGCUUUUUUGUG